AUGGUCUGUACCGGGGUCAGUCUACCUGCCGGACACGAUGCAGUGACAGGUCGGCGGUUCUCCAGAUGGAUCCGGGUUCACUGUCUCUCCCGGUGCGCGCUGUGAUCGUGUGUCUGCUCGGGGCCGCGCGCUGCUCCUCCGCCGACAAAAGCAAUUGCAGUUGUUCAGAUAUCCCUGAACUGAAGCUGACGAAACCUCCACCCAAGACCUGUUUUCAAGAAACUUUUCGCUAUACGUGUAUAGAUGGUUACGUGAGGGAAGUGGGAAAAUCAAACCGCAUCACAUGCAAUGGGACUAACAAAAGUGCUCCGAAGUGGACUACUACGCCCUCCCCCUUCUGCAAACCCGACCCCCAGAGAACCAGAACACUUCCACCAAAGAUCCCAGUAACAAACAAAAGCAAUUGUAAUUGUUCCGGAAUCCCUGAACUGCCUCUGACGAAAUCUCCACCUGAGACCUGUUUUGAAAAAUCUUUUCGCUACAUGUGUAUAGACGGUUACGUGAGGAAAGCGGGAACAUCGGACCGCACCACAUGCAAUGGGAAUAACAACAGUGAUACGAAGUGGACUACGCCCUCGCUCCGCUGCAUACCCGACCCCGCGAGAACCACAACACUUCCACCAAAGAUCCCAGUAACAACAGCGUCUUUCACCGAUCUUCGGAUGACUCAGAGCGGAAGCUUCUCAUCUACUGGGGUUCUGCAGACAAACAGCCUCAAGCCUACGUCACUUGAUGAGCAGGUUGAUCACUCACCGGCCGACCCCGCGAGAACCACAACACUUCCACCAAAGAUCCCAGUAACAACAGCGUCUUUCACCGAUCUUCGGAUGACUCAGAGCGGAAGCUCCUCAUCUACUGGGGUUCUGCAGACAAACAGCCUCAAGCCUACGUACCUUGAUGAGCAGGUUGAUUACUCACCGGCCGACCCCGCGAGAACCACAACACUUCCACCAAAGAUCCCAGUAACAACAACAGACUCGACGACACCAACCUCGUCCAACCAGAUUCCCAAUAACAGGACGGAUAAUUCUCACCUGUCCGGCAACACUGACCACAGGCUUGGCACGACAACAACAGCCCUGAUUGUCUGCGCUUCACUGGUGAUCGUCUGCGCUUUAAUGGGAAUCAGCUACGUGUGUUAUAGAAGGAAGUCUCAAAGAAAUGACAGGCCUGCGACAGAUGAAGAAAGGAUUUCCAUGAAUCACGUUCCAGCUGAACCGGCAUCGUAGAGUUUGUAACCUGCAACCUUCCGCUGACACAGGAAGUCAAGAGUUUAAAGCUGUAAGUCAGCCUUUGUAAAACCCUGUGGUGAAUCUGCCUGAAAAGUUCAAGUUCUCAAUAAGUUUGACACUAGGUGUGAGUUUAGACUUUUUGUUGGACUUGAAUCCGAUUGGACUAUGACAAUCCAAUCACAAAGCAGCGUCAAACUGUCCUAUCAGAGAACAGGUGGUUGAGCUGCCUGAAAUGUGGCCGUGCAGCGUCCAGGAACGUAACUGACUGUGCUUUGUGAUUGGACUAUCUUUGUCCAAUCAGAUUCAGGUAUAAAAACAGAGUACAUGUAACUUAAUGUCGUACACAGUGUUUGAACUUUGGAAGACGCACACUUUCAUUUUAUUUUUGUAAUACAUAUAUAUAUUAUAUAUUGAUUUCCAACUACAAGGUUUGGCAUUUCUUUUGAACGUCACUUUACAAGCUGAAAAUCUCGUCGACCCCAGUGAGAGCUUAAACUAAAUGCACAGAAAAAUAACAAUUAAAAAGCUCAACAUCAACGUGUCGCUCUCGUAUCGACUGCUGAAGGCUCUUUGGUGCAAUGAGGUCAAUGACUGAUCAGCUGAUAAGGUCCUAACGAUAGACUGCAUAUAAAGAUUGAUGACAAAAGAGAAGCCAAAGUGCCUUGAAGCCCCCUUGGUUGCUUAUAGCUUAUAAACCAGCCUCCUCCAUGGUAGUGAAUGGGACAUGCUGGCCCGACAUAAAAACAUGAUGCGAUAAAAAACAUAGGAAACUUCCACACCACCAUCACUACUGCACAGCUUCUGGGUCUGGAUGAUGUUCUUGAUGUCCUCUGGGUUAGAGUUGGAGACGGGUUUUUUUUAUUUCAGAACUUGUAAAUAGCCCCUCAAAAUGCAUAAAUAUCAAUGAAGUGACCUCACUGUCAGAAAUGGUAGCUACAUCCCUGGUUGUGUGUGACACUGUUUGUUCAUGCAUGGUGUUGAUACAGGUCAUCACCUAUUUUACACCUGAUUUUAUAUAUAUAUAUACGGACAACUAUAUAUAAUGAAAUAUGUUCUGCUUAGUGGCAUUAACUUGUUCUGUUAAAAUGCAAACAUGGCCUUUUGACAAUUAAUUUUUUUUAUCUGACGUCUUUCCUGUCAUGUAAACAGCAUUUUUUUCUAUCUUACCUUGAUCAAGGUCACACUUGGAACAAGCAAUACUUAAAAUAAGACAUGUGGCAUAUUAGUCACAUUAUAUAGAGAUGUAUUCGUGUUAAUGGCAUUACAAGGUCCUAUGCUCUUUAAUAUUUAAAACAAUAUAAUUAUAAUAUUCAACAUCAAUGAAAUAUUGUAUUAGCAACUUGUGUAAACAUCAUAAUCAGUGUAAUAGUCAGAAUAUUGCCCUCCAUUUAAAUAUGUGUGUUGCUGCAGAAAAUAAAAUCUGAUA